AUGGACGACCAACCUCCACCACCACCGUAUUCUCCUCAUAGCCCCGACGGUACAUCAAGUCAAAAUUCAAUAGAGCCAGCAGGUUUGGCUCCGGCAUAUAAUCACUCCUCCACCAUAGACCCCUCCACGUCUAUACUUGCGGUACAUCUGUUCCCUGACAAUCAUCACCUCCCGCAAGAAAGCAAUGACUUGAGCGCAUCAUCGCUAGGAGCAAAUCCCUAUUUUGUGUCAAGACCUCCAUACCGGCCCCCUCCAAGUAGAAUCAUCUCGCAUCGAAUAGUGCUCCAACCUGACUCCAGCCUGGACGAAAUCCAAUUGCCGCCACUCUUCUCUGAGCGCGGCGUUGAUGAGCAGGACUGGCUCACCUUUCGCAAUCAUCUCUUCCCGGCCCAUGGCUUGACGGGGAAUAAUCAGAAAGGAGACACAAUGUAUAGGAGAGACGAGAAGUGGUCACUUGACCCAUCCAACGAAAGGGCCAAUGACCUUGUUAACCCAGGACCAUCCAAUUCUACGAAAGGGCUCAAGGACGGCGACCCCGAGAAAGACUGCUCACGCCUGCCAAACAUUCACAAGGUGGUCAAAGAGUGGAAUGCUGGAUUCUUCGAACCCCGAGGUCUGUUAGUUAUUGCAAAAACUCUACCCCAAUCAUCUUCCAAGCGCAAAGAUCUCGAUUCACACUCGACAUUUGGAGGAACGAUUCUCGCCAAAGCUGCUGCCAGAGGAGAUUUCAAAAUCGUCGAGGGUCUCCUCUUGCAAGGGGCAGACCCUGACAUCCAACCCUAUAGUAGCUCGCCCGCCAUAUAUGAUGCGGCAGCCAACAAACAUCCUUCAGUCGUCGAUCUUCUUCUCCGGCAUGGUGCAAAGGUAGACACGAAACCUUCAACCACUCACCUAGUCGCCUCGCAAGGCGAUGUGCAGACGCUCGCUAUUCUGUUGAAGUAUGGUGCCGAUCCCAACCACAAGGACUGGACCGGAUCUUCCUCUCUCUUUGACGCGGCCGGGCGUGGUGACGUUCUAGUAUUAAAGCUUCUUCUUGCCUACGGGGCGGAUCCCAAUUAUGCGAAUACGGGAGGACAUUCUGCAUUAUACUAUGCUAUCAAGAGGCGUGAUUCUACCGUCGUUCAGCUCCUCCUCGACCAUGGGGCUGAUCCGAACAGGCGGCCUUGGACCGGACAGCCGUGUGUCCAUCUUGCUGCGUCGCAAGGCGACGUCGAGACUGUACGAGCCCUGAUUGCCAAACGCGCCGACGUUAAUGCUACCCCUACAAUGAGCGAAACUGCUCUUGGUUCAGCCAUCUCACGUGGUGAUGCUGAUAUGAUACGCCUCUUGCUGGAGAACGGGGCUGAUGUGAACACGAAGCCUCUAGGUGGACAGUCGCCAUUGUUUCUCGUUGCCAGCAAGGGAGAUAUAGCGUUGUUGCGACUGCUCUUGGAAAAAGGUGCGAACGUGGACGAGUCGCCCCCUGGGUUUCCCAGUGCGUUAUACAUGGCGAUACACCGCGAGGAUCUCGAAACUUCAAAGGUCCUGGUCGAGUUUGGCGCCAAUGCAAAAACCGGCAACUCACUCAGCGUUGCCGUCGACCAUGGCAAUCUGAAUGCGGUGAGACUGCUUCUGGAUCAUGGUGCUGACCCGAAUUCGAAACCUACCGGAGGACAGAUGCCUUUGUACAGCGCUGCCGCUAAAGGAGAUACGAACUCGAUGCAAUUACUCCUGGAGAAAGGUGCCAAGGUCGACUGGUCGCCGAUUGGGUAUUCGACCGCGCUCUAUAUGGCCGUGGUCAGGGAAGAUGCAAAUGUGGUUAAGGUUUUAUUGGGUUAUGGAGCCGAUGUGAACGUGACGGCUGCAGGAGGUGAAACUGUUUUGGGCCAUGCAAUGAAGAGUGGUAGUGAAGAGAUUAAGCGGCUGUUCUCGGCGGAGAAAGGCAACCACUAUCCACCUGAGAAGAAGGGCUGA